AUAUGCCUACAGCCAAACACAGGGAAAAGAUUGUGUCUCUCAUACAAAACAAUUCAGUUGUGAUUGUGGAAGGAGCGACUGGCAGUGGAAAGAGCACCCAGAUUCCCCAGUACAUUUUGGAUUAUUGCAUGACCCGGUCUAUGCCCUGCAACAUUGCUGUUACCCAGCCUCGCAAAAUCAGCGCCAGCAGCCUUGCCAGGUGGAUUAGCAAGGAAAGAUCAUGGACACUUGGGGGAUUUGUAGGAUACCAGUUAAGUUUAGAGAACGUUUCAACAAAGGAGACGAGGUUGCUGUAUAUGACAACUGGAGUUCUUCUUCAGAAAAUCGUUUCUGCCAGGAGCCUAACUCAGUUCACACACAUUUUCAUUGAUGAAGUGCACGAGCGUACAGAAGAAAUUGAUUUCUUGCUCUUGGUGACCCGUAAACUGUUGUGUACAAAUUCACAGAAUGUGAAGAUAAUUCUGAUGUCUGCUUCCAUCAACUCUAAAGAACUAGCUGAUUACUUUGCACUUCCAGUUCAUUAUGGCUUGAAUCCAGUCUGCAUAUUUAAGGUGGAAGGCAGACCUUUUGCAGUUGAAGAAUAUUAUCUUGAUGAUUUGAAGGACAUUUUUGAUAUACAGGUAUUCCUUGGGCAGCCAGUGAUCGAACAGAAAAUGUAUCAAGUGGCAGUGGCUCUGAUUCAGUCAUUUGAUGAGCUGGAAAAGAGGAGCCAUGGGGAGAAAAAGAAUUUCAGUGGCACAUUGGAACGUGGCAGCGUGCUCGUGUUUUUACCAGGUUUAGGUGAAAUAAGAUACAUGCACUCAUGCCUCUCAGAUAAAUAUCAAAGGUGGCAAGUGUACCCACUUCAUGCAUGUGCAACACUGGAGGAACAAAGUAAAGUAUUUUCAGCUACGGUUCCUGGCUACAGAAAAGUUAUUCUAGCUACCAAUGUAGCUGAGAGCUCUGUAACAGUUCCUGAUGUUAAAUAUGUGAUAGAUUUCUGCUUGACUAAAAUUCUGUUUUGUGAUAAGGAAACUAAUUACCAAAAUUUGAGGCUUUGCUGGGCAUCCAAGACAAACUGUAAUCAAAGAAAAGGUCGUGCUGGACGUGUUUCCAAAGGCUACUGUUACAGGCUCAUAUGCAAGGACUUCUGGGCAGACUGUAUUCCAGAGAAGUCAGAACCUGAGAUGCUGCAUUGUCCAUUAGGAUCUACAGUCUUAAAAUUAAAGAAGCUUGAUAUGGGGGAACCAAAAGCCUUGCUGGCCACAGCUCUCUCUCCACCCAGUGUGGGUGACAUUGAACGUACAAUACUUCAGCUGAAAGAGCUUGGAGCACUUACAACCUCUGUGCAAACAGAAGAUGAUCUGCAUGAUGGUGAGCUGACUUUCUUAGGAACGGUGCUGACACAGUUGCCACUGGACCUGCAUCUUGGAAAAUUGAUAGUCCUGGGGCAUGUCUUUGGUUGCUUAGAGGAAUGCCUUAUUAUAGCUGCAGCGCUGUCUUCGCGGAAUUUUUUUGCAGUACCUUUCAAAAAGCAUGUUGAUGCAUACAGGAAAAAAAUGUUUUUUGCUGGGAAUAGUAGGAGUGACUGUAUUGCAAUUCUGAAUGCAUUUAGGGCGUGGCAGGCCUGCAAAGAAAAAGGGAAGCUGAGAAAUCCCAAGGAAGAGCUUGAGUGGGGUCGAUCUAAUUGUAUUCAUAUAAACAAGAUCAAAGAGGUGGCAGAGUUAUUUCACAACUUGAAGAAGAGAGUCAGUGCAUUUAACAUGCAUGUUAAAGCUCAGCCAUCUCCUAUGGACGAGGAAUAUGUGUGCAAACAACGCUUCAUCUUGCAGGUGGUAAUAGCUGGUGCUUUCUACCCAAACUACUGUACUUUUGCAAAAUGUAAUGGAGAAAUUGCCAUGAAAGACCUUGCUGGCAAGGAUCCAAAAACCACUGUAAUGCUGAAGAACAUUCCUCCCUAUGGAUAUAUAUACCAUAAACAGUUGCAGUCACUGCUUAGACAGUGUGGGCAGGUAAAAUCUAUUUCCUACAAUGGAUCAAGGGCUUUUGUGGAGUUCUCUCGUAAUCCAAAGGAGGUUUUUAAGGUUCUCCCUGAAGUGUACCUGGCAGUCAAGAUGUCACAGCUGAAGAUUCCCUUUGAGCUGUGUGUUCAUCAUCCAGAGGAUAUCAGAAGACAAGUGCAAGGUGCAGAAGCUGUAGGUUUGGAAUUUCUAAGAGUAAAUGUGGAUUGUCAGAAGCAGACAGUGGAGCCUGUGAAAAUCUUAUUUGGUGAUUUACAAAUGUCAAAGAUGAUCCCAAGUCGUUUUCUGUCCAUCAGGGUAACAGAGGUGGUAGAAGUUGGACACUUCUGGGGUUAUAGGACAGAUGAAAAAAACACAGCUGUACUCAGAGCUCUGAGUGCUGAAAUUGACUAUCAGAACCUGAUGGAUUUAGCAGUGCCUCCAUGUGUAGAUGUGCUUUGUCUGGCACCAUUCACUUACCUGGGAAAGAGAGGAUACUACAGAGCUCACGUUCUGUAUAUUCAUGGGAAUCUUGCUGAGGUUUUUUUUGUGGAUUAUGGCAAUAGAUCAGAAGUGCCUUUAAAUAAACUAAAAGAGAUUCCAAAGUGUCUUCAAGGGCUUCCUUUCCAGGCUUUAGAGUUCAAGAUCUGCAAGAUGUGUCCCUCUGCCAAAUCCCUGGUGUGUGGGGAGCCGUGGAGCUGCAGUGCCAGCCAGAGAUUUGCCUCUCUGGUCAGUGGCUGCACUCUGCUGGUGGAGGUUUAUUCCCUGGUGCACGGCGUCCUGCACGUGGACGUGUUCCGGCACUCGGGGCGCCGGGGGCUGGUGAACAUCCGGGACGUGCUCGUCGAGGAGAGCCACGCCGAGCUGGCUGAGGAGUCACACGAGUCACAGCAAAGCCAUGAUUUGCUCAAGGAAUUGUUUUUGGACGGAGCAAAGAAAGAAGAGCAAAUGCCCAUAUCUGUAGGACAGGAGGAAAAGCAUCUCAUUGAAAGAUUGUUGAACUGCUUUUCUGAAAAGAAAUCUGAUGCACCAACCCAUAAGGUAACAGUUUUUGGUCCAUUCAGUCCUUACCAGUUGAAAUGCUACAGUCUGACCAAUAUAUCCCAAUUCAGAAACGUUUUCAUACAUAAGGAGAGCAUAAACUCCAUUGUUGUCCAUGAUGGUGCAGAAGAUCCCUUUCAGCAGCUCUUGGUGGCCACUGAUAUAUCAGUAACUGCAGCUGGGUCUGUGAUUUUAGGGGAAACAUCUUUGAUGCCUCCUAUUCAUGGCCUGCUUGCACUCCUCAGUAUGCUGUUUGCUCCUGCAAUAGAGCUCAGAGUUGAUAAAAGUGGGAAGUAUUUUACUGGUGUUUUGUGUGGUUUGGGUUGGAGUCAGACAUCUGGGGCUCCACUGUUCCCAGCAAAUGAUAUGGAGGUGGCAUUUGAUGUGCAUUUUGGACUGGAAGACAUAACAGAGAUAAACAGUCUGAGGACAGCCAUGAAUAAGCUGCUCUGUGAGCAAGCAUUGCAUUUUGGACAGGAGCAAGUGGCACAGCUGCAGGAGGAUAUUCGUCAGAAGCUUCUCUGUUUAAUCUGCAAAUCAAAGCCUCGAGACAUAAUUGAUCCUACCUGGUAUGAGAAGCCAUAUGUAUGGAAUCAGGUGGAUUCUCAGUGUGUUAUUGACGAGUCUGAAAAGCAGCAUGAAAGAGGAAAUCUUGUUUAUCAGCUCCACAAGCUUGUUUUGUUGAAGGAUUAAGUAUUUCUAGAAGUCUUACAGAGGAUGAGGUAUUAUUAGUCUGAAAAUUAGUUCUGUCUUGUAUGCAUGUUUUGCAAGACUGUUCCUUAAGAUGACUACUGAAUGUACUGAAGUACAGUUUGGAAAAUGUUCCAGUGUUUCUGAAGAAACUGAGGUUUGCCAGCCUAGAGCAGACAAGUUCAAUCAUAAAAGAAACUGAUGUAAAUCAGGAUGCAAUUUUCAUUUUAAUAGUACUUCUGAACAGAUUUAUCACAAGGUACACAAAAGAUGAAGCAAAUCUAGGCUUAGUGGUUCAUUUUCUGUCCAAAAACUCAUAAAUUAGGGGCAUUACUUUUUUUUGUCUGUAAUUGCAAGUUGUAUUUUCCUGUUUUCUUUUUUAUUAGUUCUUAAAAAAAAUAUGCAACAAAGGGAUUUGGAGUUUUCCUUACCCAAGAAAUAGAAGUCAGGAGAAACUGAUGAUCUAAAUGAUGUUCUGAUCCAAACUUUAUCUUCAUAUACUGGAUACAAUUUUUUUGUUAAUUUUUUUGUGUAGCAAAAGAUAACACGAUUUAUAUUGCUGUAUGGCAGAAGAAUGCUUUUGAAUUACUAAUUCAUGGCACUUUGUUUCAUCCUUUCAACUUACUUUUACCUGAGAGAUCUUUAGCCCUA